UUAUAACCUUUACAACAUCCUCGGCUAUUUUCAGCUAAAUUAUUUAAUAAAUUAAUUUAAUUAAGCAGGUGGUCUUGGUUAAUAUAAUUAACUCAUUCGAGGUUGACUUCUUCGUCUUUUGUCGGGCUUCGUCUUGGUGCGUUUUACGACGCUUUCUAAAACCAGCGCGCGCGUAUUUUAUUUUUAUUCGUUGUUUUAUGACCACGACGAGGAUUCGUUUUCUUUCGGGGUUAAGUGCGCCGGCCGGCUUGUGAUGAAGGUAUACAACAAGCGCAAGAAUGUAACGUAAGGAAAUCAGAAGAUAUCCGCGCCGAAAUAAAUAAAACUUUAUCGUCCACUUUAUAAAUGAUAAUGGCCAUAAAUCAUUGCUGAAGAUACAAGAUGGAACAAUGGAAGCGUCGACGCCAGCAACAAAUCACAAUCUUUAUCCUGCUGGCAGUGUUUGGUCUUGCAAAGAGUACAAGCUGCGAUGAUGCGCCGAUUGCAAUGUCGCGGCUGGACCGCGAACUCACCGCUUACGUAGAUAAAAUUUUUAGUGUAGAUAAUGUCACGGUGAUGCCGGGCGUGGGCAUCGAGCGGGUGCAGGACAAUGUUGAGAGUGAUAGAAGUGAAUUUAGUAGGAAUUGCACGCCUACGCACGCCGUCGAGGAUUAUUUUUAUGAAAAAUGGAACGAUUUCAGUGAGCGGCAUGUUGUUUCGCUGAAUUUACCUCAAACGGCGAGAUUCCUCCAGAGUACUGGGAAAAGUUCGUUCCUAGCAGGUUUUGGCAUGGGUUUUCUCGCUUUCGCGCUAAAAAAGUUGCUGCUUCCGGUGUUUAUCGGCGCGCAGCUGGUGAAGUCAGUGCUGAUCGCGAUGUUCCUGCCAUCGCUCCUCGGCAGCCUUGGCAAAAUCGUCGGUAAAGGACUCUCGACCUUCUCAGGCGUAUCUGGUGCCUCUGCAGGCCUUGGCGGAGGCGGUCAGCAGCCAGUAGAAGAUUUCGAGUUCAAAGACACCGGCGCAUACAACAACAACAAUAAUGAACCGGCUGAAUCCAGUCUGACUCUAAACGUUGCGUCGAGCUCUGAAAGUCCGCAGGAAGCAAUGAAUAGAUUCGGUUACGGGAACAAUCGCAUCUCGGAUAAUUACUACCUGCGUCAGCCGAACAAGAAGACGGAUUACAAAGUUUUCCACAAGAUACCGACGUCGUCGCUGCUGCUGACGACCUACGAUCCGUUCUACAGUCCGCUGUUGUCGCGCCUCGACGCCGUCUUUCAGCAGCUGGGUUUGGGCAACACAAAAGCGCGCGAUGCCGAAAAGUGUCGCGAGCGACUAGUCUGCAUGAUGUAUGCUAAUCCGGCCAAGUAUGCGCCGUACAGCAAUUUGAUUUCGGCUCAAUUAAGCAGGGAGCUCAACGAGUUGCGAAAACCAUCCUCAGACAAUCCGGAGAUUCUGCGCUUCUUUAAAUAUAUGAAAGCGGCGAAAGAUGGCCAAGAUGGCGAGGAGUGCUUGGCGCACACAGGAUGUUCAUCCUUGCAGCGAGUAAAUUCUAGUCCUGCGAUGCUCACCACAUUCAACGAUAUUAAUAAACUUGUACAGGCUAGAAAUCUACACUAACGCAAAAAAAAAAAAUGGCGUUGGUGUUGUGGCGCCAUCUAGUCCCCGCUAGCUCAAACCAACUUAUACAUUCGAACAUGGCGGUUUUAUCUUAAAUCUGGAUGAGUUUUUUUGCAGCUAAAUAUUUACUAUAAUUUUUACUACUUGCAAGUUCAGCAAAAAUUUUUCUGAAAAGAAAAAAACAGAAAAAAAAUUUGCUGAUUUUGUGACGUGUAAAUAACGACAAACGGAAAACUAAAAAAUAUUUCAUUUCAUUUUUCUUGAUAACUUGUAUCUUUGCUUGAUAUUUAUUGCUACUUAUUUAUUUAUUUUAUUUUAUUUAUUUAGUUUAGUUAUUUAUUGAAAUACGAAUAGACAAAACUGUUUUUUGAACAUAACGGCAUUGUAAUGAUAUUGUUAGUGUGUGUAAAAAUAAAGAUUUCGUAUCGGAGUGUA